CAAGUAUCAAACAAAAUAAUACAUUUACAACUCAAUCUUCAAGCUCAAGACAAAUUAAUUAUGAAUUUAAUGAAAGUUCGAAUAACUUAUCAGACGAUGAUCUAAAUUUUAAUUUUUCUAUGCAAAAAAUUAAACUCAAGAAAACUCAUAACUGUCAUUGCCAAAAAACUAGUUGUGAAACACAAACAUGCUCUUGUUGUAAACAUAAUUUAAAAUGUUCAAGAAGAUGCAGUUGCUUUUUAUGUGGCCAAUGUAAAAAUAAAUAA